AAAUACUAUUCUGUCAUGUUUGCACUUACAUGGCUAUACUGUUUAAUGUAACUUAAUUUAACUUUAAUUGAUCAAGAUUCAUUAAAUACCAUUGACUGCAUUCAAACUCAACAAACACUGCCCCUUUGUUAGGCUGUGUAUAAGGCAGUUUAUUGUGUGCAAAUACAUGACCGCAGGAACUUUGAAUCUGAAUAUUUCAUUCAUUUUCUUCCUCUACGUAUCCAUUUGUAAUAACUACAAAUGAUGUGUUACUUUGUUUAACUUUCCAACCCUGGUUAUGGCCCUCUCUUGCAGGAUAAUUUAAAUCAAUUGGUGAAAUCAGGACCUUACCUCCCGACAGAUUUGAGUUUGACAGUGGUUUGAUGGUUGUUUAUAACGGCAGGUACAAACCAGGCUCUCUGACUCUUUUACUUUACUGGUAACACUGGUUAAGAAUCUGAAUAGUAGUAUCUUUCCACAGUCCUGUCAUUAACGGCAUGAAAAGAUCAAAAUAAACUACUAAAAACUAAAAAAAUAAAUACAAAAUUUGCACACCAAGAAAAACAUGUUAAGAUGAGCAGGUUGUUUGUCGAGCAGAGCGAGGGAUGUUGGGAGAAAGAAAAGGAGCUUGAAGCAAUUAUAUAUCUGCUGGCUGUUUGACGUCUCCCUGAUGGUGAGACUUCAUACUCUGAGUAGAAAUUAUGGGGGGCCUUCAUAGUCAUUUGUGCCGGAUUAACAACAAUUCUUUAACUGCUCCCAGCAUUUCCUGUUUCUCUUCAGCUGUCCUAUCAAAUGAAGGCAAAAAAGCGCCAAACCCCCCGCCCCCAGAAAAAACACACUCAUCUCCCUAGUGUUUGUGUCAAACUGCAACAGUCUGACUUGAGCGUACUUGUAUACUUACAGUAUUUAAACACUAGAUGGAGAUACUGUAUGACAUAUGUGGUCAGUUAUUUCCUGAUGACAAAACCUUCAGCUUGACAUGCUCGCUACAACAACUGCUCCUCUUUGCUGAAGCCAAUUCGGACAAAAAUAACCCUGCCAACGGAUACUUCUUAGCUUUCACUCCCAGAAAUGAGGCCGGCCUCUCCUCCACCAUGCGGCACACAUGCAAUAAAAAGCACGCUGAUGGUGAUCUGCAAGAAAAACACAUCAGCGUCAGAGCGAUUACUAAAGAUGAACCAGAUAACUCUGAGCACCAUGGGAUGGUAGGAAUGCUCUGCUUGAAUUCGGAUGCAAAUGUCCCUAAACUGUCCUGUCCAACUCGAGUAAACGAUACACCACGAGACUCGGACGCUGAAGAGGAAGCGGCCAUUUUGCAUGGGAAACCAUGUGUAGUGGAAGAAGGCCCGAAAUGCUCCUUCUUGAAAAACAAAACGGAUGGCUUGAAUGCUGCAGCAAAACCACAGUGUCCACUAAUGGUUACUCUGAAACCAAGAAAAAGCCACCAACAGAGGAAAAGAGCUACUGCUGUAGGGUUCCUUCUUUGUUCGAUGCUGUUACAUGCUUCUGGCGCUGAGGGCUCUUUUGCUAGGCCUAAAUGUUUUACCUGCAAUGACACGGACAGAUGCCAACACUUGACCACCAUCUACACCCCGGAAAACCAUCUUUUGUUCGACAGUAAUGACUGCAAAACUUUCCCAGCAUGCUCUGAUCGUCAUAAAACAGCAUGCAACCAUACUUGUGCUGUUUGUGACAACAAACACAGAAUCCUCAUCUACUGCCCAGAUGAUGUUGAAGACCUGGAGGUCGAAGAUGGAAAAGGACAGAUUCAGAACAUCACCUCAGGCUGUGAAGAGAGGCAGACCACAGGACGUGGACAUCAUGGAUUGAUUGCAGGUGAAGAGAGGCAGACCACAGGACGUGGACAUUAUGGAUUGAUUGCAGUCAUUGUCAUUGUGGUCAUUGUGGUCAUUGUGCUGCUGGUCUGUUAUAUCUGCAAGAAAAACAGGGCCGUUGCUGUGAUCUCUGAACUGGGAAAAAGUACAUGAGGGAGACUGGUCUGUAAAUGUUUUACAAAUCAGUACAUCAUCCGGGUAUUUUUGGCAUACUGCUGUUCUUGCGUGUCCUAAAUUAAUGCAAAGACAAGGAUAAUAUCGUUGAACAUCAGAGCAGCAAAAAGUGUAUUUUUUUGUUGUUGAAUUGAGAUUUCACAAAGACAUCAAAAGUAGAAAAAUAAGAAAUAAAUAUUAACAGUGAAAAGUUGUCUGCAACAUGAUUUAAUAUUAUUUUGUUUUUGUGACAGUCCCUGUAAAUAUAAAAGACUUUACAAUAAAUAAACAUAUAUUUAAUCCUCAG